GAGUUAUCGUCGCGAUUCGAGAGUGUCAGUGCCGAUAUUAAAAGUCCAGGAUUUCGAUUCGAAGAGCGGACAACUACAAAGCCGUACGUGGAAUUCAAGGAUACUCAUAACGUCGACCUCACCGUCGAGCUAAACAGGGAGCAGAGAGGACAGGGCGCCACCUUUAUUUCGCAUAUCAGUCACCACGUUCAACCCCCACCGUCGACGACGACUGCAACUUCGAGAAUAACGGCCGUUGGCGCUCAAUCAUCCACAGGUCCGGAAUCGCGGCAAAGAGUCAUGCCUCCCACUACCGUCUAUCGUACAGUGGAUAUACCGUUCGAUGAAUCACCUGCCGCAUAUCAGCCGAAGAAGGUGGUCAUCCUGUGUCUAUCUGUUACCGUAGAGGAAAACGUCCGCACUGUGACGGUGACUAUGGGCACACAUCCGGUGCAGAAAGGUCUGGGAUUCUCGAUCACAAUCGAGCGUGGACGUCCGACCAUCGAUAGCGUCAUAGUCAGCUCACCGGCCGAUCGAGCAGGACUUCUGAUCGGAGAUCGUGUGAUUUCCAUAAACGGUGAAGAACUCAAGGAUAAAUAUCCGUCGGCGAUCAACCGCAUGUUACACGAAGCUGCCAGAUUGGGUGAAGCUGAAGUAUGCAUUGAACGAAAGGACGCAAAAAUCGCUCAAGUGAAAUCGAUCACAUCGGUGGAGAAUUUCGACAAAGUUCGUUCGGUGUUCACCGAACAGAAGACGAUCGAUUCCUAUGCGGAGUUCAAGCGGAAACACAGCCGAGGCAUGCUGCUUCUCUUCUUUUACGCUUUCUAUCUGGUGACAUCAAUGCACGAAAAAACUGGUCCAGGUAAAUUGACAGAUUUCGUGCCAGAAAGUGAACGAGCCGCUGCGAAGGCAAAGGAGGAAGAGAAGAAAGAAUUUUCCUAUCGUCGUGCUUCUGAUGAGGAACCGCGUCUGAUACGCAAUUAUGACUUACCACCAGCAACGCCAACAACCACAAGAGUCACUCCAAUUCCCGUCACG